AUGUUCAGGCACAGUACCAAACAGAAUGUUAGAUCACAGGAGAACUUGCGAAAGAGCGCAUCUACUGCCUUGGACAGGCACAGGCAGCUGCUAUGUAACACUGUCUACGAGAACACUUACAGCACUACGUUACCUGAGCCCUCUAAGGAGAUGAUAAACAACAUAGUGGUGUCCUUGACGGGCUGUAACUCUAAGGUUUGUGGCAAAACAAGGAGACUUUACACAGUGGCCAAGUUUAAUCAUGCAGUGACUGUGGCACCCGAUAACGACGACACAGGAGAGAGCCCUAACAAGUCCACAUAUACUCUUUCUAUAUUUCUCUCGCAAAGCUUGUUAGAGGAAGAGUUGGCCCUGGGGGAGGCGGAGUUGGAUGGUAUAGUGUUUACCCUCGCUUCCCCUCGCGGUGUAGAGGCGUACUUUUACUCUAGAAUGGAGGGAGGCAGAGGUGUGCACGGUUUGGCUAUGGACGUAGGAAGAGGGUGGGAGAUAGAAGGCUUCGUCAGCAGAGACUAUCUUUCCACCAUCAACAACCUAAGUCCUCGCGCGUGGGACUUGAGAAGGAUUCAAAAGAAGGGUGCAUACUACACUCCUAAGGUGGACGGAGAGAGAGUACCGCUUCUUAAGAUGAUUCCUCGGACAUCUCUGGUGGUUAUAGAUGCUGAGAACACAGUGUCUUAUGGUAUUCUUCUGAUAGACAUGCUCACCGAUUAUGGAGCUCUGUGGCCCGGGACCACCACCUCCAGAAAGAUGAAGCUAGAGAAAUCGAUAGAGCUGCUUGUUAGCCAGAACAACAGUCUGUAUACAUCAGGUGGCGACGUAGUCUUUAGCGAUGCAGGCAUACCUACUGGUGUCUAUUAG